CGUGGUUUAGAGUCAGUGCACAGAUUAUUUUCACAAUGGCGGUGAAUGUCGCAGCAACACUUCUCCUCGCUUCUGCGGUCACUCUCCUGAUUUACCUCAUUAAAUGGUGGAUGAAUGUAAAGAAGAAAGACUUGCCACCCGGACCGACCCCUCUGCCAUUUCUGGGGAAUUUUCUGCAGAUUAGUACCACUGAAUUGCCAAAGUCUCUGGUGAAGCUCGGUGAAGAGUACGGACCUGUGUAUACACUCUACCUGGCCAACCAUCGAUCGGUCAUGCUGAUUGGUUAUGAUGCUGUGAAGGAGGCUUUGGUUGAUCGCAGUGAUGUGUUUAGUGAGAGAGGGGAUACGGAUCUAAUAGAAUUCUUCUUCAAGGAUUUUGGGGUCAUCAUGAGCAAUGGAGAAAGAUGGAAGAUAAUGCGACGAUUUUCCCUGACGACACUGAGAAAUUUUGGAAUGGGGAAGAGGAGUGUGGAGGAAAGGAUCCAGGAGGAAGCUCGGUUUCUCAGGGACAGAUUUAUGAAGAGCAAAGAUAAACCAAUAAACCCGACUCAUUUGCUGAGACUGGCUGUCUCCAAUAUCAUCUGUUCCAUUGUAUUUGGAGAAAGAUUUGACUACGAAGACAAGAAGUUCAUGACCCUUUUGACACUUAUUCAGGAUUUUGUGAUCCUGUUGAACUCCCGAACAGGCCAGAUUUAUAGUAUGCUCCCAAGCUUAAUGAAACGUGUCCCUGGCCCCCACCAGAAACUUUUUCCACUUUUUGAAAAGCUUACAGAGUUUGUGGUAGAAAUGGUGGACUCUCACAAGAAGACAUUGGAUGAGAAUUGUCCUCGAGACUUCAUAGAUUGCUUCCUCAUAAAAAUGGAAGAGGAAAAGAACAACCCAAAAACAGAAUUUCAUAGAGAUAAUUUGAUAGGAACAGUUAUUGACCUGUUCUUUGCUGGGACUGAGACGACAAGUGUAACACUAAGAUAUGCCUUCUUGAUACUUCUCAAAUACCCUGAGAUACAAGAGAAGAUCCAUAAAGAGAUCGACAAUGUCAUAGGCAGUGAUCGCUGUCCAUCAGUGGAGGACAGAAGUAAGAUGCCAUAUACAGAUGCCGUCAUUCAUGAGAUCCAGAGAUUUGCUGAUAUUGUACCAGCAGGACUAAUGCAUGCAGCCAGCAAGGACACCACAUUUAGAGGAUAUCACAUUCCAAAGGGAACUUUGGUGUUUCCAAUCCUAACUUCAGUCUUGAAGGACCCCAAACAGUUCAAAAAUCCUGACAAAUUUGACCCUGGACAUUUCCUCAAUGAGAAUGGCACCUUUAAGAAGAGUGAUGCCUUUAUGCCAUUUUCAGCAGGAAAACGUAUGUGUAUGGGGGAGGGUCUGGCUCGCAUGGAACUCUUCCUUUUUUUUACUACCAUUUUACAAAGAGUUACUCUGACACCCACCAUGGACAGAAAGUACAUAGAAAUCACACCAGAGCCCAAGAGCAAUGCUUCUAGACCUUGUGACUAUGAGAUGUUGGCUGUACCUCGCUAAAAGACCAUUGUUUACUCUGAUGUUAUUGAUAUCGUCUUCAUGUUUUAAGAGCACCUAUCACUUUACAGUGUGUAAAUAAUAAUAAUGAAAUAUUUUGUGGAUUUUUCUCUCUCUCUAAUGUCCUUUAAACAAAAAGUCCACGAGCAAUAGCACCUGCUGGGGUCCUGAAUUUAUUCCAAACCAGGGAUAUCAUUUGACUGAAAUCCAUCUGUUCACCCCAUGAUUGCGUGAUAUAUCACUUAGGAAACAUUAUUGCAGGCUCUGCUAGGCCCAGGAAUGAUAUGUGAUUAAUUCAGUGUUAUAUGUAAAACACUUUAAAAUUGGAAAAGAACAACUGACAGACUUUAGCGGUACAAGAAGAGGACAAUGAAAAUCCAAUAGAUAAAAUAUUGUCUUUAUUUCAAAAGUUAAAAUUGUUUAACAUACUUAUCCUAACAGAAAACCAUUAGCUCGGUACAUAUAUAACAUUUCAAUUGUUACGCUUAUGUGACUCUAUUACUGCUAUGUCAAGAGGUCAACACGUUUCACAAAUAUAGCUUCCUCAGGAACUCUAUAUCUUGACCACAGAUAGAGAUGGCAUAUCCAAACAGAAAGACAUAGCGUUUAAUCAUACUGUAUCAAAAUAUUAGCAUAAUGCACAUCUCAACCUGAUUUUGGGAUACCCACAAAGAAAGAAACAUAUUAAUCAUAUGUGUAGCUGCCCACUUACAUGUGCCCUAGUAUGAGCCAAUAAAGUUCAUAAAAACAGA